AGUUCCUCAAUAUUUUAGCGGGUAAAAUCCAGUUACACUCGAAUAAACGUACCCACAAGAAUCACAGACAGAAGUUUAUUAUCGAGUGUUACAAAAUGGGGACGAGUGCGAGUGACGCGAGAUGAGAAGAAUCUCUUCAGAUAUAUCUUUGGUGGUGAGUGUAUAGCAUGCAGCGUUGGCUUUUGUCCCUGGACGAGCCUGCAUCGAAUCCAUGCGGUAGCAUCGGGCUUUCUAUAAUCAAAGAGCAUCGUACAGGGGUAUGCUCUGUCGCGGUAAAACACAAACGACUGCUUGCCAGUCUGCGAAUGGAGGAAUUGGUUUUGCAUCUCGUUAUGAUGUUGAAUGGCCAGAGCCGGAUAUAAUUGACGCGGAAGUAUCGAGACUGGUGAACGGCGGAAUUUCCGGAAAGAAUCCACGAAGAUGGAGAAGCUCAACGAGUUCCGGUUACUCGUCCCAUUCACCCCCCCUGUCAGCUGGCUCCUACUCAACGUGUUGCGCAUCAGUGCUUCGAAGUUCAGGAACGGGUACCAUAGCAGACGUUGGUCUCGCUGUGAUACACGAGGCAGAGAUACCUAGGCCCAUCUGGCCGUGCACCGGUGGCAAUCGCGAUUGUAAUUUUGACGGUCACGAGGAGAGUUUGUGCAAAUACUGUGGCUACGCCAGAAUUUACUCUUAUCCUGGUAAAUACAGAACUACAUGUCGUAAUUGUGGUGGUUCAACAGCAUCAGCUAAAGAUGUGCUACUGGAAUUAUCGAGAACAUUGAAUUCGGUUAUUGAUGGUGCGAAUACUAUGACAGCAGAAGAAGUGCUCAGGGACAUAUCCAAGACGGUUGCAAAAGGGAUUCAAGCGAAUGUGACUGAUGAACAUGUGUACAGGUAUCCGUCAACAUUGUCCAGUGGGGUGGGGAAGGAGUCUGUUAACCCGGUGAAUUUGAGAUUGUACGGCAAGUCUGGGUGGGCUAAUCCGGUGUCAUCGAAGUCUUCGCAGUUUUAUUAUGACACUAAGACUUGUCCUGCUGUGUUUCUUGUGCCACGGUGUCAUGCGAUUUGUUCGCGGGGUGUUGUUGAAUGUUCGGGGAAAAGUGUUAAAGAAGGGGUGAAUGGGGUGUCCAGGGGGAAGGAGGAGAGCAAGAAGAAGAGGGGAGUCUCAAGACUCGAGGGGAACACUGUUAAAGGGUGUUAUCCUUCUAAUGAACCUGUUUAUUCGACGCUUGACCCAAGCGAUGAAUCAUCAUCCUACGGUGCAUUAGGUGAGCCCCCGAGUAAAACCACCUGGAAUCAAGGUAUCCCUGUAUUCAACAAGAGUCUCGACUUCACUCUCGAUGGUGCACGUGCAGAGAGACUGGGCCGUACUAUAGCACGAGCAAAACGUCGCAGACGGUGGUGUCGUGCCCUCACCACUCUCUUCGGGCUAGUCUUCUUCAUACUGAGUGUCAUCGUCGUCUCAAUGUCCGUCACCAAAGGACGAAAAAUAUUUGGAAGCAUGUGACGCGAACCAAGAAUAUCAAAUAAUGUAUUUUCUACUCAACGCGGAGGGAAAUUUUCUGGAAAAAUUCUACUGCAAGUAAAGGAAAAAUCACAAUAUACCGGCUGUUAAAAAUUCUAGUGCUGUAAAGUAACUAGUGCUGUAAAGUAAAAUUUCAGUUUU